UUACAGCAACUAAUGCAGUCAAAAUCAGAAACCAAUGGAACAACCAUUAAUGAGUUCAUCCUUCUGGGUCUGGUGGAAACACCAGAGCUGUGGCCAGUUAUUUUUGUCAUCUUCUUCUUUGCCUACCUCCUCACAGUGGGAGGCAACCUAAGCAUCCUUACUGCUGUGUUAGUGGAGCCCAAACUUCAUACCCCUAUGUACUUCUUCCUAGGAAACCUCUCAGUACUGGAUGUUGGGUGCAUCACUGUCACUAUUCCCUCAAUGUUGGGUCGUCUCUUGUCUCACAAGCGUGCAGUUUCUUAUAGAGCCUGCCUCACACAAAUCUUCUUUUUCCAUCUUCUGGUUGGUGUGGACUGCUUCCUAUUGACAGCCAUGGCCUAUGACCGAUUCCUUGCCAUCUGUCGACCUCUCACAUACAGUACUCGCAUGAGCCAGGUAGUUCAGAGGAUAUUGGUGGCUGCAUCUUGGGCUUGUUCCUUUGCCAAUGCACUGACUCAUACUGUAGCCAUUUCCACACUCAACUUCUGUGGUCCCAACGUGAUUAACCACUUUUACUGUGAUCUCCCACAGCUAUUCCAACUCUCCUGCUCCAGUACUCAACUUAAUGAGCUACUGCUCUUUGCUGUUGGUUUUAUUAUGGCAGGCACCCCCACAGUACUAAUUGUUACCUCCUAUGUCCACGUGGCAGCCGCAGUUCUACGAAUUCGCUCGGUGGAGGGCAGGAAGAAAGCCUUCUCCACGUGUGGUUCUCAUCUCACUGUGGUUGCUAUCUUCUACGGUUCCGGCAUCUUUAACUACAUGCGACUAGGUUCAACCAAGCUUUCAGAUAAGGAUAAAGCUGUUGGAAUUUUUAACACUGUCAUUAAUCCGAUGCUGAAUCCCAUAAUCUACAGCCUCAGGAACCCCGAUGUGCAGGGCGCCCUCUGGCGGGUAUUUACCGGGAGACGGUCAACGGCUUGA